GUGAGGCAUGCAGCAGCCCCUCAGUCAGUCAUUUAGACAAUUGUUUUCCCUCGAGCUCACCACCAUAUUGUACCAAUCCAGGGAUUUUUUUUUGUGCUAUAUUUCCUCUGUGAGACGCAAUCUUACAGGAAAAAGCGUGGGGUUUUUUGUUUGUUUGUUUUUGUUUUUUUUCCUGUUCGAGGGGACACAUUUGAAGAGAAGACUCCUGUUUUUCAAACUUUGUUCCUAUGAUUCAGUGCUCCCUCUGUGAUAUUCUGAUCCUGUUAUAAUCCCACUUUGGCUGCUGUUGUGUGUGAGCACUGGCGUGGUUAAGAUUGGCUUGCUGUUGUGCCCCUGCUGCCAGACUUUUGGAGAAGGGUGCUCUGAAUGAAGUUUGACUUUAGAGGAGCUUAAAAGGGGGAGGAACCCUCAGAAGAUGGUUUGACUGGGAGGAGAGGACAAUCUGUCGUGGAGUCUUCGGUCUUUGGCUUUCAGGGAGCAGAGGGAGUCUGAUGUGGAGCAACACCUGGAGGUGUUGGAUGUAAAUGUUUUUAUAUUCCAUUCUUGGACAAACCAGGGAGAAGACUUUUAUUUUACAAAGAAGAAGUGUUUUGCCUUGGGACAGACUCUUUUCUUCACUUUUACAACAUGGCUGGGAUGUAUGGAUGCUUCAAGAGCAGGAAAUGAAGCGGAGGAUGUCACCUUGGGGAGCUGGCUUUGGAAGUGGGCACAGCAGUGACAGCGCUGCCAUGGCAUCAGGACCGCCAGAUGUGACGGCCAAUCAGGAGCCUGCUGAGGUCGCGGAAGAGUGUUCAGGAAAGAAGAAGUCCAAGUUCCAGACGUUUAAAAAGUUCUUCGCCAGGAAGAAGAGAAAGGAGCCGCCAGCCGCGGGAGCAGACGCCGGGCUCAAAGCCAGCCAAUCAAGCGACAAUGUCAGCAAAACAUCCGAAAAUAACACACUCACUCGAUCAGAGAAGGAUAAGGGCUCUGGGUCAAAGAUCAGCCUGGGCAGCAAGGCCUUGUCACAUGACUCCGUCUUUGUUUCGGACUCAUCGGAGGCCAACGAGGCUCUGGGGGCAUCUCAAGACAGCAUUCAUGGGAAAGUGAAAUCACUACAGCUCCAGCUGAAGCAGGCCAUCAGACUAGGCUCUCCUCCAUCCCUCAUGUGUGUGAAGAGGAUAGAAGACGCUGGAACCAUGUCCGAGGAUGACGGCCUGCCGUGUAGUCCACCUGAGUACACGACGCCUCACACGGCCGGGAAUCAGCCUGAGAGGAACAGCUCCAUCAGUCUGGAGGGGAUAGACAGCGAUGACGACCAGCUGUCCUGCGCCGCCUCCAGCAGGGCUGUGAGCCCCCUGGUGGUUCCAGGAGACUUCAGUCAGCCGGCCAGCCCCUUCGGCUGUCUGGAUAACUCUGCUGCCAAACACAAGCUGGGCCUGAGAUACAAAGCCUGCAACAGGAGGAAACCUGCCACUAGGCUGGAGGUGAAAACGGAGGGCGACUCUGUGGUGGAGAAGUCACUGAACAUGUCGACAACAGAGGCCUCGGAGGAGAAAGAACAACAGAAGGCAGCAGAAGAUCUAGUUGUAAGUGCUGAUGAGCUAAAACCAAAAGUGGAGAGGGAAGGAGAAGAAGAGGAGGAGGAGGAGGAGGAGGAGGAGGAGGAGCAGCCACAGAAUUUAAGACGAUGCCUGUUGAGUGAUAAGGAGGAGAAGGAGGAGGGUGAGGAUGAGUCGGAAGCAGAAGCGGAUGUUUCUCACGGCCCGGACACUUCCUCUCGUCCUGAGCUGAGUCUCUCAGAGGAGGAGGCUCCAGAUGCCCAGCCCCCGCUCUCCUCUAAACCCAGCUCGAGAGCCUCAUCUCUGGACAGUCCCGGAGCAACACCAGAGCCCCCUGCUGGUCCAAGAGAGUACCUGAUGGACCCUCCGGGCAUCGCCUAUGGAGCAGAGGAGCCCGGGGCUGAGAGUGACUUGGUGCUGCAAGAAGACGAAGAUGGAGUCCAAGAAAAGAUGGAGGAGGAGGAGAGCUCCUUCUUACAGGAGGUGCUGAGCUCCUUGAAGACUCCCCUGGCAUCUUGCUCGUUGGGAAUGGACACUGAGGCUGUUGUCCUGGAGAUAAAAGAGGAAGAGAAGACCAAUGACGGAGAAGAUUUGGAGGUAAGGGAAGAAGAGGAGGUGAAGGAAGAGGAGGAUGAGCCUGUCAGUUAUCAGGCUGCUCCUGCUGGUUCCCACCUGUCAGAUCAGACAAACAAGGAAGAGGAAGAGGAAGAGGAAGAUGUUGCCGCUUUGAGCACGAGCAGUCCUCCUUGUCACGAUGUAGAAGAAAAGGAAAAUGUUGAGGAAAACGAAGGAGAACAAGCAGAGGAGGAGGAAGGAGAACACGUGGUUGGACCAUUCAGUCAUCUUGGUGAAAAAGAGGAAGAAGAGAAAGACGAGGCAGAGGAAGUCAAACCUGAGGAGCAAAGUGAUCUGCUUACAGAAAACACUGUCAACCAGGCAGGGGAAGGAGGGAGAGGAGAAGAAGACGAAGAAGAAGACAAAGAAGAAGAGGGAGAGAGUGAAGGUGAGGAGGAGGCCAUAGAGCUGGAGAAGGAACCCGAGGCGGAAGAGGAGGGACGGGAGAAGAUGGAGGAAGAGGUGGAGGUGGAGGAGGCAAAGGGGAGAGUAGAGGAGGCUGAGGAAGCGAUAGAGGACGAGAGGGAGGAAGCGGAAGAGAUGACGGAGGUGCUUCCCGGUGCAGCAGACGAAGGAGUCCAAAUGGUUUUGUUGGAGACUGACGAGGGCGUAGAUGCCGUAGCUGGAGAGGACUCUGUACACACCACGCAACACCGGAAUGAUGACGAAAUCCCAGAAGAGCUGGAUGAUCGGAUCGCUGCCAUCGUGCACGAGGGUCAGGAAGCCUCUUGUCAAAGCCUUGGAGAAGAGGGAGUAGAGGAAGGCGUGGAGAUCGACCACACGGAACAGAAAUCAGACCAAGAGGAGGAGGGUGAAUCAAGCCAGCCGGAUGCAGAUCAAACUGAACAAGAUAUGGAGCAGGAGGGUGGAGAAGGUACGCAUUCGGACAUGAAGCAAGCAGAGAAAGAUCCAACCGAAGCCGCAGAACAAGCGUCCAAGCCUCCUCCUUUGUCUCUGUCAGAGUCCCAGUGUAAGACUCAGCCGCGAGAGAGUGGAGCGAUCACUCCCAGUAAGACCAGCACCACCACUCUCCACAUAAACCUGCUUUCUCCAAGCCAAGACAAAGCCAAAUCUUUCUUUCAGCAGUCCCCAACUUCUGCACAUCCCAAAGACAGCGAGACACCGUCUCAUGACGUUGCUGCCACAGAAGAGGAGUCGGCUGGGUCUGCGGAUAGAGCGGCAGAAGAGAAACCGUCCACCCUCGAGGAGGAAGCUUCUGAGAAGACAGACCAACAGCCGUCUAGCGCUUCAGAUCAGAGUAAAGUCCGCUUCACUAUCGCCCCCGCCUGGCAGAGGUCCAUCUCCGUAGAAGACGUCAAAGAGAGUUCGAUUCCUCCCUCUGCCCCGCCCGCCUCUGAUGCCGCUCCGUCACCUGCUGUCACAGGACCUGGAGCUGCAAAGGUGGAGGCUUCAGCAAAGAACGAGCCCGAGGUGAAAGCAGAGCCAGCGAGUCCGACCAAGGUUGAACUGGUUUUGAGUCCCGGUAGAGUGAGGAACACAGGAAGCACAACAGCCAAACAGCAGAGCAGCACAACAUCGCCUCCACCGCCCGUUAAAACAGCGACCUCAGCUGCGACGGGCUCAGAAGAGAGCUCCGUGGUAGUGGAGGGAAACCCCGACAAUCCAUUUGGAGUUCGGCUGAGGAAGACGUCAGUUCUGCACCGCUUCAGCUCAGAGGAGGAAAACACAGAGCCUCCCGCUGAGUCACCUGCUCAACAAAGCAGCUGUAAAGUGGAGCCACAGCAGCCGGUCAGCGUAAAGCCCGCCAUAAGUCCACCAGUCAGCAUCAAGCCAGCCCUCCCCAAGAAACCAGAUGUGCAUGUGGACGCCGCAGUGAAAAACAAACGCAUCUCAGAGCCUGCUGCAGCUCGUGGUGUUUCUGCUGGAUCUGACUCUCCCAGCUGGAUCUCUGUGGCCAAACAGAAACAGAAGAUCUAUAAAGAAAACUCGCUGGAGGAGAUCGCUGUCAAGAAGGAGGACCAAGAGAGGAAGAGUUCACUGCCAAUGUACGUCAGCUCAGCUGUGAGCAGAGAGCACAGCAGCAAAACAGCUGAGUCCACCACUGGCAAAGUGAGUCCGUUGGAUAUCAGUAAGCCUCCAGUGUCUGUAGAGAAGGAGGCCAGGAGGGCUCUCUCUCCUCCAGCUCCAGUGCCACCUCAGCCUCCUAAACCCCAGUCGCUCCCCUGCCCUGUCCCUCCAAAGCCCCAGGUUCCCCCUGCCGCCACCAAACCCACACCUCAGCCUAUCCCGCUCCAAAGAUCCCUGUCACCCCCUACUCCCGUCCCUGUCCCCCAGAAAUCUCCCUCUUGCACAAGCCCACCCCCUCCCUCCAAAACUGCCACCUCACCCAAGAGUCCUCAGCCCCAGAGCACGACGGUUACCUCCCCUCCCUUUUCAUCGAGAACCGCCCCGGAAAAGCCCGCCCAGCGAGGCUCACCUGCCUCAGCGCUGCCCCAGGACGAGCCGCCCUGGAUGGCCCUGGCCAAGAAGAAGGCCAAAGCCUGGAGCGAGAUGCCCCAGAUCGUCCAGUGACGGGGACACGUUUCACUCAGGUCUAGUUGACGGGCUGUCGAGGAUCUGGGGGGGGGGGCGAGAGCCUGGAUGGACCAGAACGCAUUUGCACACAAAGAGUUGCUGUUUUCUCUUGUUUUCUUACUUCCUGGUUUCUAUCCUGGCUUAAGGCUCUGGGAUUGGUACAAACCCUCCAAUCAGAGCUGAAGACAGGUUCAGUAUAACUCUUCUUUAUGACCUGAUGUUGUACAUUCAUCUUUUCUAAAUGACAGGGUAGGACCCCGAAAAAUCUAACACGUCUCACUUGAAGUGGAUCCAUAUUUUACAACAGUCUUCACAAUGUUAAACGGUGCCUGAAUGAGAGAGAAAACCUGUAGUCUCACAGCAGUAAAUAGUCAUUUUUAUCUUAAGUCACUCAGAUGAUUCCAUUUGAUAUCACUAAACAUUUCAGGGAGGGGAAGAAAGAGACAGUAUUUUAUACAGAGAAGACUUUAUUUACAGAACAUUGGUUCAAAAGUGUGUUUGUGUGUGUGCUUAUUUGAAGGCGGUGAUACACGCUCACACGUAGAGGAAUGUGGAAACCAGACUAAACCGGGAAAACAUCCACAUUCAGCCAGAGAAAUAUUUGCUGAACUUUGGCGAGUUUUAUCAAAUUUUGCCGAUCCAUGUUUCCUCAAACUGCUGUCUGUGUAUCCACUUCUUCAGACAAAUACAUUUCUUGUAACAUAAUCCACACACAUGCUUAACUCAUGUUUGUGUUGUUAGCGAGUGCCGAGUGUGUCCGACUUGUCCCCGGUGUAAUUUCAGUGUAAAUUAUAUUUUUAAUUCUCUUUUGAUAUUUUGAAUAAAUAACCACGGAUUAACUGUCAGCGUCCGACACAAACCUACUAUCUCCAGAAAGUCAUCAGUUCAGGAAUCAAGAGAAGCGAUCAUCACGUUGACUUUCAUGCGUUUUUUUUGUUUUUUUUUAAAUACCUCUCAGCACGUCAUGAUGUUGGCAGUGUGCUGCAGGUUAUGAAACAUUUUCCAUUGUAAAUGUAACUCAGUGUGCUAUCGGUCACAUGGAGACUGGUUUGCUGCCGAAGUUUCCCUUUGUAUCAUUUAAAUCUGUCUCACAGUCACUAUAUAUGUUUUAUGCAUUUUGUUUUAUUUUGUAUUGCCUUUUGAGGAUUUGUCUUGUACAUAAAAUGUGCAGUAAAGAACAAAUUAAAUCAAGUUUCUCUUUGU